AUGUUGCCACCCCCGCCAUGGCUUCCCUUUAUUGAGUACGUCCUCAUGGCGCUAGAGCACCCGCCAAACAUGUUUGUGUCAAAGCUAGCUGCCUGUUGUACCAUGCUCUUUCUGACUCGCUCGGACCCGGACAUGUUGCGCACACUUUGCCACAAGUGGGCGAUUCGCUUCUCUAUGGACCGAGGAAAACUGAUUGCGCAGAUACGCUGUCGUGCCGAAAGGUCGCGGAGUUUUCCUAUAUGUCGCGCAACAUCCGUUGACAAAGUCAGAGAUAUACCACAGGGUCCGAAGCUAUGCGACCCAGACGCGUGUGUAGAGCACUUUCUUAAGCUUGUUAACACACUUGUUCCAUUGUACUUUUCAUGGAACUGGCAUCGCACUAGCGAUGUGAUACGCGUCAAUAAGGAGUAUGAAGAGUACGUACGCGAGACGUUACUGCCGUUUUGCGCCUCCACCAGCGCUGAAGCCGAUGUGUCUGACGGUGAGGAAACGGUUUCCCUGCUUCCGCUUGAGGCGCCGGGGAGCAGCAUCGCACAACUCCUUAGUCCCGCGGACAGUGUGCUUAGCAAUGGUUGUACACCCAGAGACAUAUACAGUGGUCCCUUCAGAACCCCUCGUCUCACCUUCGCAACACUUGGAAACCUUUUGGAGCGCAUGCGCCGCUCCCCAGAUGGUACUGUGCUUCUAUUUCACGCCAAGUUCUCUGCGAAGAGUUGUGAGGCUCUCUCAAUAUUUCAAGACAUUCUCGCGAAGGAGUUGCUGAAUCCGGUGCCAACCGUUUGUAUUGUCCACGCCGUCGCAGAGCCGGAGCUUGCUAACAUGUACAACAUAAGAUGGUUUCCCACCAUCAUUUAUGUACCACCAGUUGGAGACGAGGGGAAUUGUGGCGUGGCGAUGGAGAGAUACACAUCGGUGUGUACAUCGGAGAAAAGUUUCGCCUUGUCCAGUAUGCGGGUCAAUGAAAGUCCUAGCUUCAGCAAGGUGCAUGGUCGUGCAAAUCACGCGAUGUCGGUUUCAGGCCGGCUAUCGCAGGGUGGGGCUGGUCUCUCUCCAUCGAACCUUUUGUAUGGUUUGGCGUCGGAUACAGAUACUCCUUUUUCACUCACAUUGAACGUGUCCGAACAAAGUGAUGAGGAGGAGCUGGUGGGUAUGAUAGAACAGGGCCUUCAUCGCGUCUACCCUGAAAAUUGCGACAUGACGUCGGCAUCCCUUGUAGAGUGGAUUAACAGCAAGGGGACAAAGAUAUUGCGUGGACCGGGUGACUUUGAUGCUGUGAAUCGUAUCAAUGUGCUUCGCGAAGAGGCAAAGUUUAAGAAGUACCGUGAUCUCAUAUCAGCCGUUGUGAUGCUUCGUCAACUGCAGUGCUCCGCCGAAAAUUGCCCGUCGCCAACUGGAGAAGCCCCAGUGUUUAUUUUUCUAGGUGGGGGCAUGGCAGCGGGUAAGAGCACCGCAGCGACGGCGUUGUCGCGUAGCUCAUGGUGGGCGAAGCACAAGGCGAAUAGUGUGCUGGUAAACGCCGACGACUUCAAGACAGCCGUGACACCAUUGUCAUAUAUGGAUAAGUCCACGCACGAGUCUAGUACACGUGCAGCUGAGAACCUCAUGGUACAGGCUCUGAAUCAAGGGCGCAGUAUCGUCUUCGACAGCACAAUGAUGUGGCGUCCUUUUGUCAAGCAGGUUAUUGACAUGGUCCGCAAUGCCCACACGACACUGUACUGCCAGGGCGUAGGCUACCGAAACAACGGGGCCACCGAGGAGUACUUCAGGCCUACAGGACCGCGACUCACACCGUUACCAAAGCCCUACGAGGUACGUCUGCUUGCUAUCACCGUGAAGCCGGAGACGGCCGUGCCCCGUGGCAUUCUGCGCAUGUUCUCGACGGGGCGCGGCGUGCCCAUUCCAAUGCAGCUACGCUCUUUUCGCCUUUUUUCAGAGAAUUUCGCCGAGUACCUGAGGUGGGUAGACUCCGCCACGCUGUACAACAACAAUGUGUUUGUGAACCUUGAGAAGGGGGAACUUCCUCCUGUUAUCGCGGAGAAGUCAGAGGAGGGGCUGGUGAUCCAUGACGAAGAUGCAUACGCGCAGUUCCUGGGGCAGCAGUUUCUCAACGAGGAGGCGGAUAAUAAUCUGGAGCUUUACCCAGUCGCCAGUGAGAUGCGGUAG